AUGCCUCGCACACCAGUCUACUUCCUCUCGCAUGGCGGGCCAAACAUCAUGGAAGACUAUAGCCAUCCAGCCUACUCGAAACUCCAAGAAAUUGGCAAAGAGAUCACGCAGAAAGUAAAGCCAAAAGCCGUGGUCGUAUUUUCAGCACACUGGCAAGCAUCACCCAACACCAUCGAAGUAAACACGGCAGAACUCACGGACUUGAUCUACGAUUACUAUGGCUUCCCAGACCACUACUACAAAGUCAAGUACCCAAACAUCGGUAGCAAAGACAUCGCUUCCCGCGUGUUGACUGCGUUGAAGACGGCGAACAUCGACGCAAACGGCGUUUCCAGAGGUCUGGAUCAUGGCGUGUUUGCACCUUUUACUGUCGCUUUCGACCCCAAGACCAACCCUCUGAACGUGCCGUUGGUGCAAGUUUCACUCUUCGAUAGCGAUGAUGCAGAUCAGCACUACAGGCUUGGAGAAGCUAUUCAAGGAUUGAGAGAGGAAGGCAUCCUGGUGAUCGUCAGUGGCAUGGCUGUGCAUAACCUGAGGGACAUGUGGAAGGCUAUGCAGCAACCAGCUCCCAUGCCCUAUAGUAUCACUUUUGACGCUGCUUUAAAAGAGGCUCCAGAAAACAGACAAAAGGCAAUGGCGGACUUGUUGCGCAGAAGUGAUGCCAGAAGAGCGCAUCCGUCUUUCGAACACUUGCUGCCUAUCCACAUUGGUGCAGGUGCUGCCGGUGGCGAUAACGGAAAGCAGCUCUGGACCCUGCCUCAGGGCAGCAUGUCUUGGGCGCAGUUCAGAUUUGGAGAAGUUGGCAAUGUUACAGCUUGA